UCCAACUGUGGUUUUCAGACGAUCGUAGACAUGCCGCCGUCGGCGUACGGCCGGGGUGGCGGCGGCGUCUGUGUCAGUGUCAGCGGCAGCGGUGACGUGGGCCGACUACAGCGGUGCGCCAGUGGCGGCCGGACCGGAAACUGUCGGACCAUGUAGUUGGUGACCCGGAAGCAGCGGCGACGGCGGCGGAAGUGCUAGACUUGCGGAGGAGGAAAAGAGAUCUCGGGAUCGGCGAUAGCAAAAUGUUCGCGGCGGCGGCUGCGGCUGCAGCGGUGGUCAACGAGACGACUGAAGCGACGACAACCACGACGACCGUCACGGCGACAGCGGUGACGGCGACCACGGUGACUGCGACGACGGCCGCCGAUGCUCUGGCCACGGUGGCCGCGAUUGGCGCGACCGCGAUGUCCGGCGGCGCCGUGGACGGACUGCUCGACAACCUGGCCGACGAGGCACGGUUCUGCGGGUACGUGGCCAAAUGCGCAGCCAUGUGCUUCAUAGUGGUGGCCGCACUGUUCGGCAACCUACUGGUGAUGGUGAGCGUGAUGCGUCACCGCAAGCUGCGCGUCAUCACCAACUACUUCGUCGUGUCGCUGGCCCUGGCCGACAUGCUUGUGGCCAUAUUCGCCAUGUGCUUCAACGCCAGUUUCGAGAUGACCGGCCGCUGGCUGUUCGGCCGGUUCAUGUGCGACGUCUGGAACUCGAUGGACGUGUACUUCUCCACCGUGUCUAUACUGCACCUGUGCUGCAUCAGCGUGGACAGGUACUACGCGAUCGUCCAGCCCCUGGACUACCCGCUGAUCAUGACCAAGUCCCGGACGGUGGUCAUGCUGGCGUCCGUGUGGGUGUCACCUGUGCUCAUAUCGUUCGCUCCGAUAUUCGCCGGCUGGUACACGACCGCCGCCCACGACCGUGACCGGGCCCGUCACCCGGACGUGUGCGCAUUCGUCGUCAACAAGCAGUACGCGGUCGUGUCGUCCGGGGUGUCGUUUUGGGUGCCAGGCGUCAUCAUGCUGUUCACGUACUACCGCAUCUACCAGGAGGCCGACCGACAAGAACGCAUGCUCUACAGAAGCAAAGUGGCCGCCGCGUUACUCAACAAGCACCUACAAAUCAACGGCAUAAGCGCACUCGGAGCACUGUCGACAUCGGACGCUGUGAAGGACGUCGACGUAGAAACGGAUCCGGACUCGGGGGCUUUUCGACCAGCGGCCUCGAGUAACAAAAUGAAACGAGAGCGGAAAGCGGCCCGUACCUUGGGCAUAAUUAUGUCCGCGUUCUUGGCUUGUUGGCUACCUUUUUUUACAUGGUACAUGAUGAGCUCGCUGCUGGAAGGCGGUUCGUGGAUGCCCCGGUGGGUGACAGUACUCGUUUUCUGGGUGGGCUACUUCAACUCGGCUCUCAACCCACUGAUCUACGCGUACUUCAACCGGGAGUUCCGGGUGGCAUUCCAGAAGACGUUGCAGAGCUGCUGGCCCAAGUCACCUCCAUGGUGUCCACCAUGCCUUCGUCGUCGGUACGAGCAGUCGCGCAACGAGACGGCCACGGCGACCGCGGCUUUCGGCCAGCAGAACAUGUACAACUACAGCAACGCUUCCGAAGUGCACUACAUGAAUCCGGCCACCAUAGCUCUGCUCCAAAACAACGGAGGAAGUGGAGGCAGUGGUGGCAACGGGUGUCGAACCGAACAAAUCGUUCUGUAGAAUGAUAAAAACAAAAACAAAAUAUAAAUAUAACCUAUAAUUAGCUAAUUUUUCUAUCCGAAGAUCAAAGUGACGAUUUGCACCGGACUGGACAGACUACAGAGGGGGAUGUAAACGGUUGGCGGCUUGUGAAAUAAGAGGUGAUGGUGCAAAGGCACAGACAAGUCGUCCGAGUCGAUUGCAGUUGUUGUUCAAACAAACUAUAUAAAAUAUAACAAUAUAUAAUAUGUAGAGAGCAAAUCGUUCUUCUCGGUGAGAGCAGGUGCAGGUGGUUUAUAAUAUAUCUUUUAAAAAUUAGCAAAACACUCCCAAGUCCUGACAGACACUGCGAAACUCCUGAAAGACCUAAACACUGGACCACUGGAGACUAUAUUAUUAUUUGUUCAUAAAUUGUUAUGCCUACUCAAUAUAUAAUAUUAUUACUGUUCAGGGUAAGAGAAAAUAAUAAUAUUCCAAUAGAAACGUUCCGCGUGGUCACCAAUGGCGUGAAUUCGAAACUAAACCGAAAAUUCCUUCAGCACUAUAGCACAGUCAUAAUGAUUAUUUCCCACGAUUUUUAUUGAUGGCAUUGCAAAAGACCAUAAUAUUGUAUCUUGUAUUAUUAUUAUUAUAAUAUAUUAAAAUCCGACAACGCUAUUUCGUUGUUGAUCUGUGAGGUGUGACAGCACGCACCUUUUCCUCAAAUAAUUAAAUAAAUCUCAGACUGUUGUCGAGUCUCGUCAUCGUCAACCCAAACCGUUGCAGCGUCCAUAAAAAAAUAUUAACAAUAUUAUUUUUUUUUUUUUUUUUAUUGUUCCUGAGCCCGGCAACUGUGGCCAUUAG